AUGUUCCUGACGGAGGACCAGGACCCCGAGGAGCUGAAGAGGGAGGCCAACGCGAAAUGGGCGCAGGGCGAAGCGGAGGAGGCGAACGCCCUUUGGAGACAGGCGCUGAAGGAGUGCAUCAAAUAUUCCAUGAGGGGCUUCCCCACGAAGAAGAACAGGGACAUGCAGCUCUCCCUGCGCCUUAACAUAUCCCUUUACCACUUUAAAAAAGGAGAGUUCCACGAGUGUAUCAACCAGUGCGAAAUCAUUUUGGAGGGCGUGGCCGACCUGGACGCGGUGCUCAGUCGAUACGCGGCGGGGGUGGAAGCGACGGAAGCGGAGGUGACAAGAGUCGAAGCGACCCCCGUGACGUCCGUGCCAACCGAUGCAGAGGAGGACACACCCGCAGGGCCGCGCGAAGAGGACACGUGCAUGCUCAGGAGAGAGACACUGGUGAAGCUUUUUCUCCGACGGGCGUAUUCCUAUCUGAUGCUGCAGGAAUUCGACAAGUGCAGGGAGAACCUGCGGCUGGUAAAACGAAUCGACGAGGGGAAUGCCGAGGCGGUGAGUCUGGAGAGGAAGGAGCAAGUGGAGCGAGCCGAUUAUAAAAAAGUGCAAAGGCAGUUGUACCGGCGAAUGUGCAACGCGAGUGGGGCGCUGCACGGCUCCCAGGAGGAGGGCUGCUAG